GCUGACAUCACCGGCCCCCGCCACGUGCAUGACGUGGUGCGCAUGAGCGCCAUUGGGCCCAAGCCGGCUAGGCGAGACCAUUUCAGCUAACCAUCAUCUCCACCAAGCAGCUGCCCCAGCAAGGGAGUAAUAAGCAGCUUUAUUAUCUGCCUUCCCGCCCCCUCCGCGCCCCCGUUGCCCUCUCUCUCUCCUCCCACCACCGCACUCCGUAUUCUUAGCCGCACCGCCAAAAUGAUGCGAAAGAAGACGACAUACACGCAGAUUACGCCGAUUCCGAGCUACAUCCCGCGCCAGCUCGCCGUCGACCUCCUCCACAGCCAUGGCGAAAUCAUCGAACUGAACCCGCUCGUGCUGAGUUUCGAGGGCAUCAAGGCGCCGCGCGACGCGCCCGCCGACGAGUUCUACUCCACCUGGUACGAGAUCACGGAGAGGAUACAGUACAUUCCGGGCAUUGGGAAGCUGGGCUCUGGAGUGAUAAGGUUCAGGGGCUGCUUCCACGACAUGCCCUGGGGGCUGCAGACCCACACGUAUGCGCCUGCGGGCGUGGAUCUGCGCAACAAGUGGCAGGUCUGCGGGAACCAGCCGGGAGAGCCGCCCGAGACGCGCGAGCUGGGCAUCGGCGCCCCGCCCGAGGGCUUGUACCUGCGCGAGGAUAUCGAAAUCAAGUGCAACGUCACCAUGGUCGGCUUCGUGAAGAAGGAAAUGAAGGCAGCCGCCCUCAAGAUGGUGGAGAGGCUGAUAAAGAAGGCGGAGCUGCUAGACGCCGGCGCCCUGCAUGCCAUGAUGGAGAACGGCAGGCUGACGACAAUCAACCCGGCGGAUCGCUCGUCGCAUGCUCCCCGCCCUCACUCGCCGCUGCCUUCGCCCAAGCAGCCGUACAACAUGCCUAUGUCGCCGAACCGGUCGUCGACCUUUCCGCAGCAGAUGCAGGCGCAGCAAUACCCCCCGCCGAAUCAUGCGCAAGGGCACAACAACAUCGUAAUGGAGCUUCCGGGUGAUUUCUACCACCCUCCGCAGUCGCCGAAUCACCUCCAGCCAAACGACCACCGCUAUUCAACCGCUUCCGAGCUCUCCGGCCACUCGCCGAAUCCGUCAGACGGCAGGUGGUCGCAGGUUUCCAACGACUACCAGAGCUCAAUGAGCUCGCGACCCAGCUCGUACGCGUCUGACGGCAUGCGCUCCCCCGGCCUCGACCAGAAGGGCUUCUCGACCGAGCUGCCAACCAUGCAAGAAACGCGGGAAGAGCACGAGGAUGCGCGGAGGAGGCUCGAGGGGCAGCAGUAUGCCGAGGACCGCAAGUAUAGGUACAAUCCGCAGGAUUUUGCGCAGCAUACACACCAGUAUGCGCAACCGCCGCAGUACUCGUCUUACAACCACGGGCGGUGAGCGAUUACUGAACGCUUACGACUGUUACGGCUAUGGCGUGGGUCGGUUACCUGUAACGGCAGCGGGCGGCCUUAAUAGCGAUGAUCGGUGUUAACGGCGCUUUUGGUUGGGUCGAGAUAUCACUUGUGUUGUCGGACGAUAAGUACCGCAGUUUCGGAACCCAAAAUAUUCUUAUCUUGCCACAAAACAUUUUUAACCGUGUUGUACAGCUCGUGCAGCGUCAGGCUUGCAUUCACCUUCCCGCACUUGGCGUUACGCGAGUUGCCGGGUUUGAUUGACCUACAUGCUGAUCAUGACAUCUC